CUUGACACACCAAAACCCCUGAAAGAAGAUUGUUGUGGGAGGGGCGUUUAGGUUUAAGGUUGAACUGGGCUGUAUUUAAGAGAGACCAGAGUACCGGAGAAUCAUUGGAAGCCACGUUUCCUGCUAGAAAUCUCAACCUACUCGCAGCUUUCCUAUUAAGUUUGCAUCAAGAGAAACAUGUCAUACCUGACACCACUGCACAUCAUUGGAGGCCAAGGAGGCAAUUACUUUAACUUCACUGGUGAAAGCACUGGAGCCACGCUGAAAAAGAUAUGGGUGUGGGUUGGAGGGUGGCAGGUGAAGGCCAUCAAGAUCUGGCUGACUGAUGGUCAGUGUCAGCAGUUUGGAAAUUCUGAUGGAAAAUUCUAUGAAUUUCAGUUUGAGGAUGGAGAACAAAUUUUCCUCUCACUGUGGGGCAAUGGCGCUGGAACCCGUCUAGGUGCCAUCAAAUUCAAGACCACUCGCUCACGAGAAUUCUUUCCAUACAUGACCGACUGGGGCCUGAAAACAGAAUACCCCAUAGAUGUGGGCUCUGGGAUCUGUUUAGGAGUUGCAGGGAGGGCAGGUGCUGACAUUGACUGUUUAGGGUUCGUGUUCAUUAACACUGUCAAAUCUACUGUGCUGACCAACGUUAACUAUCCCACCCUUCAUCAAGUCAUCCCACACAUUGCUACAGAAGAAAUCAAAUCUCUCACUUACACCAACAAGUCUGAAGUCACUCAGUCGUACACAGUUGAAACGUCUAAAACCAUAACAAAAAAAUCCUCCUGGUCUGUGUCUAACAAACUGGAAGCCACCCUAAGUAUAGAGGUGUCAGCAGGAAUUCCAGAGAUUGCUGAGGUUUCUACCGGGUUUAGCUUCACAGUGGGAGUAGAAAGUAGCUAUGGCUUAGAGAAUACAGAAGAAAAGAAGGAGACCUUCACGUUUCCAGUUCAAGUCCCUCCAAAGAAAACAGUGGUUGUUGACGUCACCAUUGGCAGAGCCACAGUGGAUCUCCCCUACACUGGCACAGUGGAGAUCACCUGCUACAAUGAAAGCGUUCUCAGGUUUAACACCAAAGGAACCUACAAGGGCGUCACUUACACCGACGCUAAAACAACUGUGACUGAAAAAUGAAUCCUUCAACAGCUGCCACAGACGUGACCCUGUUGAUCAGGAGGUGAUGGGAUGUCAUAAUGUCAUGACUCAGGCUGUUUUCAUAAUUUGUAAUUUCAGUUAACACCAACUGCUAAAUGCUUUCAUUCUCAAACAUUUAAAUGUUGUCUUUUGAAAUGUAAAAUCUUUGGAUGAAAUUUCAUUAACUUGAACAUUUUAUUAAUGAAUUGAUAAAUCUUCUUUCUUUUCUUUGGGGUGUUUGCUUGAAUGUUUUAAUCACAUCCCAUAUUUGCAUUUUAUGGUGGUUGAUCCUAAUUCUUUGCUGGUUUAUUACACUUAGUGUGAUUUUGCCUUUUUAUUUUAACAAUCUUACUUUGUUGUAUUGCUGAAAUGGAUAUCAAGCCAAAGAUCACCCACGCGAAUGAUUAUUAAUUGUACCUGCUGUACCUCGGUAUUACAUGUAUGUGUGGUCAAGGUUCCAAUGACUGGUACUGUACACAAUACUGAUGUUAUAGAAACACAAUAAAUGACAGACUUAAUACAA